AGCGCUUCACUGCCGCGUAGAAUUUUGAGGGAGAGAGAUGGGGAACACGUUCUGCGUAUUCGGAGGGUGCGUAGAUCAAGCGAGCGUCGGCGUGGUGGAGCGGUGGGGGCGGUUCGAGCGCCUCGCCGAGCCUGGUUUCCACUGCUUCAACCCUUUCGCCGGCCAGUGGCUUGCCGGUGUUCUCUCCACCAGGAUCAAUUCUCUCGACGUCAAAAUCGAGACCAAAACCAAGGAUAAUGUAUUUGUGCAGUUGGUUUGCUCAAUUCAGUUUCGUGUAGUGAAAGCAAAUGCCGAUGAUGCGUUCUACGAGCUUCAAAACCCUAGGGAGCAGAUCCAGGCUUAUGUCUUUGAUGUGGUCAGAGCUUUAGUCCCAAGGAUGACGCUGGAUGAGCUCUUCGAGCAGAAGGGUGAAGUCGCCAAGGCUGUUCUUGAGGAACUCGAGAAGGUGAUGGGAGCUUACGGAUACAGCAUUGAGCACAUUCUGAUGGUUGACAUUCUGCCCGAUCCCUCUGUACGAAGGGCAAUGAAUGAAAUCAACGCCGCUCAAAGGCUACAACUUGCGAGCGUUUACAAAGGAGAGGCAGAGAAGAUUCUGCAAGUGAAGAAAGCGGAGGCGGAAGCCGAGGCCAAGUAUCUGGGCGGGGUCGGGGUGGCGAGGCAGAGGCAAGCGAUCACGGACGGAUUGAGGGAGAACAUACUGAACUUCUCGCACAAAGUAGAAGGGACAUCUGCCAAGGAAGUGAUGGACUUGAUCAUGGUGACUCAGUACUUCGACACGAUCAGAGACCUCGGGAACUCGUCCAAGAACACGACCGUGUUUCUCCCGCACGGGCCGGGCCAUGUUAGGGAUAUCAGCGACCAGAUACGUAAUGGGUUGAUGGAGGCGGCCAGUUCACAGGUCGGAGCCUAGAUCUUGUCCGGUUGUGUGUAUUUUCAGUUCAGACAAGUCUUUGUUCUGGUUCUUUUGUUUUUUGUUUUUUUUUUGGUUAUGGGUUUAUUACUUCUUUAGUUGAAAGGUUGUGCAUCUAUAUAAAUAUUACAUUAUGUUUAUUAUCUAUCCGUCACGUCGCCGGUU